AUGAAUGUGAAUUUAGUACCUGAUCGAAGCAUUCUUUUACAAGCACUUCCAUUGGAUUCAAUUCGUGAUACUAGACGAAGUCGAACAGUAUGUCAACCGAAAGGAACAAUAAUGUAUACAGUAGAUGAAAAUGAUACAUUAGAAAAAGUGGCACUUCGUUUUGAUUCAACACCAUCUGAAUUACUUCAGCUCAAUAAACUUAAUGCACGUAUGCUCUUUCCUGGACAAACGUUGUAUGUACCUGAAAAUUGUUCAUCAGACGAAACUACUGAUCUACAAGAAUCAACUACUACUAUUUCUUCUUCUCCUCCAGUUUCAACGUUAUCUUCGAUAUCAUCAAAAAGAAAUAAAGAUAGUGAAGCUUUUAUUCUUGUUACAGAUCGUCGUCAUUCAAAUACAUCUACUCCUUCACCCCGUUCGUCUCUAUAUUCUGAAACACAAUAUGAUGUUGGUCCAAUGGUUUGGUCAAUGUCUAAACAAUCAGCAGCACGGCCAGGUCGUGUACAUCGAUUAAUAAGUAAUCCAAGUACUGAAAAUGAAUCUUCAUCAAAAACAAGUGAAGAAGAUUUAAAAACACAAAAUGUUGGUAAUAAUGAACAAGUGAAUUUGAUACAAGAUUUUUUACCAGUAGCUGAACAUCAUCAAUUAGAUGAUGAAUGUUUACAACGUUUUAUUAAGGUUACUGUUCGAUUAAUGACUGAAGAUCAUCAAAGUAUCGCUGGUACUUUAUUAGUUACACCGAAUGCAGUCAUGUUUGAUCCUGAUGUUCUCGAUCCAUUAGUCAAAGAACAUGGUAUUGAUAAAUAUGGACUGAUAAUAAGAAUGAAUCUUCUCGCUGGUAUUGCUUUAUAUGAUGAUCUAGCUAUCUAUGAACAUAAAGCAACUUCUCGUGACGAAGAAAAACGAAAAAUGUGUCAUUCAACAAGUGUAAAACAUGCGCAUUAUUGUUCAACAAACAAAACAUUGAACUCAGAUGAAGAAGAGAUUCAACAAUUAAUGUCAUCAUUAUUAGACCAAAUCGAUAAAGAAUUCAAUCCUUCCGCAUCAGAUGAUACAUGUUGUAUGUUAUUUAAUGCAGCAACAUCAACAAUUCAACGUCAUUUAUCAAAAGAUUCAACAGAGAACAGUUAUAAUGAUGAUGAUGAUGACGAUGAUGAUGAUCCUACAUAUCUUCCAACAGAAAUAAUUGAUAAUUCAUUACAAUAUUCCAAUGAUUUAUUUCAAGCACUUGAUGAUUAUAAACAUUCUAUUGGAAUUUUAUCUGAUGAUAAAAAUGUAAAUAAAAAUUUUAAUCGAGUACCAUCACAAAUUUCCUAUGGCUUCGAUUGGAAACGAUUUAGACGUGCUGUAAAAAUAAAGAAAGGAUGUCAUUUGGAAAAUUGUGUACCAGUUGAUGAAUUUAAUAAACGUUUUGGUGAAAUCGAUAAAUUAUUACAUCAACAACAACAGAUUUUAUGUGCACCACGACCAAUUGAAAUUCCCUAUUAUUUAUGUAUAAAAACAAGUGAACCUGCAUGUGAAAAACCAUCAUUAUAUGCAAGACAAUAUAGAAAGGAUACUGAAAAAUUGAUAGAUAAUGCUUAUGGAAAAAAACAACUUGAACAAGAAUAUUGGUUUUUAAUUCCAAAAGAAAAAAUUGAUGAAUUAUAUGUGUUUUUUCUUCGUUGGACUCCUGAACAUGAAUCAAAUCCAUUAACAGAUGAAGAUCAACAACCACCUAACCUUGAACAAUUAAAACAAAAUGAUAAAUCUGGAAAUAAAGGUUUUGUUUUAUUAGCUAAUGAUGAUCCUGAAUUAAAUGAUAAUAAUUCAAAAUCGAAAAAUCAAAAAAAAUCUCCUAAACAAAAAAAACCACAUUACUUAUCACGACAAAAUACAUUACUGAGAGAAUGGGAGGUAAGAUAA